UAAAAGCUAAGAUGGCAAGAACCAAGCAGACCGCUCGUAAAUCCACCGGGGGCAAAGCCCCCAGGAAGCAGCUGGCCACCAAGGCUGCCCGUAAGAGCGCCCCGGCCACCGGCGGCGUGAAGAAGCCUCACCGUUACAGGCCCGGUACCGUGGCUCUCAGAGAGAUCCGUCGCUACCAGAAAUCCACGGAGCUGCUGAUCCGCAAGCUGCCCUUCCAGCGCCUGGUGAGAGAAAUCGCUCAGGACUUCAAGACCGAUCUGCGCUUCCAGAGCUCCGCUGUCAUGGCUCUGCAGGAGUCCAGCGAGGCUUACCUGGUCGGCCUGUUCGAGGACACCAACCUGUGCGCCAUCCACGCCAUGAGUGGAAGAGGCAAGGGAGGAAAGGGACUGGGCAAAGGAGGCGCAAAGCGCCACCGUAAAGUUCUCCGUGAUAACAUCCAGGGAAUCACCAAGCCCGCUAUCCGCCGUCUGGCUCGCCGUGGUGGAGUGAAGCGUAUCUCCGGUCUGAUCUACGAGGAGACCCGUGGGGUGCUGAAGGUGUUCCUGGAGAACGUCAUCCGUGAUGCAGUCACCUACACCGAGCACGCCAAGAGAAAGACCGUGACCGCCAUGGAUGUGGUGUAUGCUCUGAAGAGACAGGGUCGCACUCUGUACGGAUUCGGAGGUUAA